CCGACACAUGUGGUCAUAGAGUGACUGGUGUUCCAACACCCACACCUCGCCAUCCCAUCAGCGACACCACUGAUUGUCUCAAAACAAUAACCCUUCCAUUGUUGAGGAGUCUGGAACCCUGGAGACUGGGCAGCCGGUGCUGGGAUUGUUGGAGGGGAGGGGAGGAGGAGGGGGGAACUGAAAUUUGGUUCAUUUAGAGACAGAGAGAAAUAAAUAAACGAUUGAUUCGUCUUGGUUUAAAGAGACGGUGGAUACCAUGGGCUCGGACGUGCGAGACCUGAACUCUUUGCUCCCCGCGGUCUCCACGCUGACUCCGGGUAACGGUAGCUGCGCGAUGCCGGGCAGCGGCGCGCCUCAGUGGGCUCCGGUGUUGGACUUUCACCCGGGCGCGUCCUACAGCGCUCCGAUCGGCCACCCUUCCUUCAUCAAGCAGGAGCCGAGCUGGAGCACGACGGAACCGCACGAGGACCACUGUCUCAGCGCCUUCACCGUGCACUUCUCUGGCCAGUUCACCGGCACGGCCGGGGCUUGUCGCUACGGAGCGUUCGGUGCCCCCGCACCGAGUCAAGCACCGCCCAGCCAGGCGAGAAUGUUUACCAACGGAGGCUACCUUAACCAUUGCGUUGACACGCAGACCGCGAGCAGGAAUCAGGGUUACAGCGCUGUGGCUUUCGACACGACUCCAGGUUACGGUCACACUCCCAGCCAUCACACUCCUCAGUUCUCCAAUCAUGCCUUCAAGCACGAGGACCCCAUCACCCAGCAGAGCAGUAUAGGAGAGCAACAGUACCCAGUGGCCCCACCAGUCUAUGGCUGCCACAACUCAACAGACAGUUGUGCUGGGAGCCAGGCCCUGCUGUUAAGGUCCCCGUACAACAGCCACACAGCGGGAUACGAGACUGACAAUCACAAUGCCCCAAUGUUGUACAGCUGUAGCACGCAGUACAGAAUACACACGCACGGGGUCUUCAGAGGGCUUCAGGAUGUUCGGAGAGUCCCAGGUGUGGCUCCCACCAUUGUCAGAGCGAACACAGAAGCCAAUGAGAAACGCCCCUUCAUGUGUCCGUACCCCGGAUGUAACAAACGUUACUUCAAGCUCUCCCACCUGCAGAUGCACAGCAGAAAGCACACAGGUGAGAAGCCUUACCAGUGUGAUUUCAAGGACUGUGGACGAAGAUUCUCCCGUUCAGAUCAGCUGAAACGACACCAGCGAAGACACACUGGGGUAAAGCCAUUCCAGUGUAAAACCUGUCAGCGUAAAUUCUCUCGCUCUGACCACUUAAAGACUCACACCCGAACUCAUACAGGUAAAACAAGAGCUGCUGGUCGAAACGCAGCCUCCUUGAACUGGGAGGGCAGGAUGGUUGGGGCUGCAUCUUCUCCAUGACCACCAUCAAUGCCACUCCAUGAAGGGCCAACAUGGAAGGGUGACUGUAGCAGGGGGUGAAACAGACGCGCUAGUUUUGGUUUUGUUUAACACCUUUUCCCGACUUCCCACCACCUCACCACCUCCAACCCACCCAGCCCCACUCACAUCUCCCCUAACUGUGCACUCAGUAGGGAAUCCCGUCACCAUCUUAGAUACACUAUUUGGAAGCCAAGCCAAAUUCUAAGACUAGAACAUUGGCUCCAGUAGAGGUUGGUCACAGGAUCUGGGGGUCCUGUCCUAAAUUCCACAUUUGGUGAUCUGUUCUCUAAAGCAGUUUUUUUAAUAUAGUAAUAAUAUUUGACCUCAGCUAUCAAUCGAAUCUACCACCACCUUUAUCAGUGUCUAGACCGAUUUUCUAAGUAGUAGAAGCUCUCCCUGUCAAUAUGGAGUGGUACUCUCUAUCUAUGAGGACAUAUCCUGCCUAUCAAAGAUCAGGGAACUAAAUGCUUGGCCUGAUCCAAGGCUUGGGGAGCCCUUUGAGUCUGUACAAGGGAGGUGCUGGUUAAGCCACCUGAAGUGUGUGCAUGCAACAACACACACUCACAAAUACACCUACACACACACACACACACACACACACACACACACACACACACACACACACACACACACACACACACACACACACACACACACACACACACACACGUAAAUCUCCACCCAGUGAGAGCACACUACCCUUGCCCAUCAGUGUUGCUUGGCAGGUUUAUAGAAAGUAUUUUAAAAAGAUCUAAGCCCCCAAAGGCAGGACUAUACUCCAUUAAGAAGCCCAUCAGCAGUGUCCCAGAGUACAACUGACCACCAUAGUCCAGGUUACUGCAUGUCCAAGUGACCAUGGCAGGUAGGUUUUGUACUUCUGGAGCCUCUUAGAGUAACCCUCGAUCUCAAAGGAACCUUACUCACCAUCUACAACCUCCCAAGAAUUCAUCUAAGGAACCAACAGUUAUUUCUAAAAUAUUUUUUGUCUCUUUUGGAAUUUCAACAUUUGUUGACUAAAUUGUACUUCUGGCUAUUUUUACACUGAAGUAACAUAGUACUCAAAGGGUUAAAUUCUGCUCCAGCCUUUUGCAUCAUUAAUUAUUGCAAAAUAUUAAAUCUCUUUAAUUUGGUAGCUUUCACUUGUGUUUCUUGACAGCAUUUUCAUGUAAACAUGUAUAAAUUAUUUAGCUUUUGUUUAAUAUGUAAAACCUAAACUCAAUACACAGCAGGACUUUUAAAGUUACGUGGUUUAUGGGCAGCCUGAAAUGGUCUUAUAACACAAAGUAAUAUAACAGUUGGCCUAAUACAGAGGGAGCAGGGUCUCUAGGGUGAUAGCUUCAAUUUAACCUUCAUGUUGGGAAAAGAUGCAACACUGAUUUUACACUCAGCAUGACUUUACUCUCCAAUGAAGUCAAUAUCGGGCAGGAUAUAUCAACCAAUAUUGCACCCAAUUCCAAGGGCUUUUGGCUAGCCUAAUUAGUUUAACAUUGCACCACCCUUCCCCCAAGCUUCUGUAACACACAGUUAAAAGGAAAAUUAGUGGAGAUUCCUUGUAAUCAUAUCUUUGUAUGAAAGCUUUAAAAAUGUAUUAAAUUCAGAAUCAGAAUCAGGUUUAUUAUCACUGACUUAUAUGUUGUGAAAUUUGCGGCAGCAGUACAGUGCAGACAUCAAAUUAUUAUAAAUUACAAAAUAAAUAAAGAGUGCAAGAAAAGGAAUAACAAAGUAAUGUCCAUGGAUAUGAAUUCCCCUCCCUCCAUUUUAAUAGAGAUCCAAUCCAUUAAAAAAAACCUUAUAAAAACUUCCGGCCCAACAAGCCUGCGCCGCCCAAUUACGCCCACGUUAAUCUACUAACCCGUACGUCUUUGGAAUGUGGGAGGAAACCAGAGCACCCGGAGGAAACCCACGCAGUCAUGGGGAGGACGUACAAACUCCUUAAAGACAGCGGUGGGAAUUGAACCCAGGUUGCUGGUGCUGUAAGAGUGUUACGCUAAUCGCUAUGCUAGUGUGCCACCCCAAACACGGUAAAACACAGUAUCUAGAUAAACAACUAAUGGAACAGUAAUGUCAUCGAAUCAAAGGGCUAUGAAGCACAGAAACAGGCCUUUUGGCCCAACUGGUCCAUGCCGACCAAGAUUCCCAUCUAAGCUGGUCUUUGUUUGGCCCAUAUCCCUCUAAACCUUUCUUAUCCGUGUCCCUGUCCAAGUUCCUCUUAAGUGUUGUUAAUGCAUCUGCCCCAACCACUUCCUCUGGCAGCUCAUUCCAUAUAUGGACCACCCUCUGGAUGAAAAAGUUGUCUUCAGGUUCAUAUUAAAUCUCCCCCCUCUCACCCUAAACCUAUGUCCUCUAGUUCUUGAUUCCCCAAUCUUGGGAAAAAGACUAUUCACUCACCCUAUCAAUGCCCCUCAUGAUUUUCACACCUCUAUAAGGUCACCCCUCAUUCUUCUACGCUCCAAUGAAUAAAGUCCCAACUUUAUGUCAUCUACAAUAAUUUCCUUGCUUGAAGAUGUUACAGAGUUUGCAAGAAAUGCUGAGUUUAUGCAGGGACAUGACACAUUCAGUCUGAUGUUCUCCCACAUCUUAACAUGACUCAACAUUCAUUCCAUGAGUGCGUGUAUCUCUCUGGUGCUGGGCUUGAAUAACUUUCCUUCUAGUCCAGGAGGAGACACUCUUCUUGGAGAGGAAGUGCUCUUCUUGGACCUUAAAGUAAGAAGAGCACUUCCUCUCAGUGCCACAGCUGAGACAAGACUCAAUGUAGGGGUGAAGGAGUUUGAAGCUGUAACUGACUGUGCUGCAUCUGACCCAUCAGAGUCUGAGAACUAUGUCCUGGUGAAGGCGAUAUCCCAUUCCCCAGCACUUACACUUCCCCUCUUCAGGACAAAAAGUGAAUGGGAAUCAAAAAUAACAUAAUAACCAAAAAUAUAUAAUCAUAAAUGCAUUCUUUACACAGGAAUACGAGCAGGAUUAUCAUAGAAUCAUAGAACAGUACAGCACAAUACAGGCCCUUCGGCCCACAAUGUUGUGCCGACCCUUAAACAUUGCCCAAGACUAGCUAACCCCUGAUUAAGCCACCUGGUCCCUCAAGAUUACCCCUCCAUUUAAUAGGAUGAUGAUCUACCCAGGCCUCAACUUCUUUUCUGUGCCAGUUCCCCACAGCCCUUGAUUCCCCGAUCUUUCAAAAAUGUAUCUACUUCCUCUUCAAAUACCCCCAGUGAUUAACCCCCCACAAUCCUCCAAGGCAAAGAAUUCCAGAGGUUUAUCACCCUUUGUGAGAAGAAAUCCCUAUUUUAAAUGACUGUUCCUUAUCUUGUAUCCAUGUCGCCUUGUUUGAGACUCUCCCACCAGUGGAAUCAUCUGAACAUUUAGCUUGUCAUUCCCCCUUAGGAUCUUAUAUGUAUCUGUAAGAUCACCCCUCAGUCUUAUAAACUCCAAAAACUACAGAUGUAAUUUCUUUAGCACAUCUCACAGCUUUGAUUUCUUUCUCUUCCCUUAAAUCAUUGGGUGCCCUAAUGUCAAGGCCUCAAAGGUUUUGUGUCAGUCCAUGAUGAGUGUAAUUACUCAAAGCAGGAUAACAUUGUGACUAAAGAAGGCAGAAGUAUGGUUUUAAAAACAGAAGACGCUGGAAAUGCUCAGCAGGUCAGGCAGCAGUACAGUGCAAGACAUAAAAUCUACAAAUUACAAGAAUAAAUAAAUAGUGCAAAAAAAGAAUAAUGAAGUAGUAUUCACAGAUUCAUGGAUCGUUCAAACAUCUGAUGGCGGAAGGGAAGAAGUCAUUCCUGAAUCAUUGAGUUUAGGUCUUCAGGCUCCUGUACCUCCUCCUUGAUGGUAGUAACGAGAAGAUGGCAUGUCCUGGGUGGUGAGGGUCCUUAGUGACGGAUGCUGCCUUCUUGAGGCACAGCCUCUUGAAGAUGUCCUCGAUGAUGGGGAGGGUUGUGCCUGGAAUUUUCUGUUUUUAUUUCAGUUUUCCCAGCAUCUGCAAUAUUUUAAUUUUCAGAAGCCUGGUUUUAGAUCUUUACAAAAAAAAAUGUUGUUACGUUUAAGAAGCCACCUUCCUGUAUAGAAAUGAUUUUAUUUUUUUAAGAUAUAAAGAGAUGACCUUUGGAAGUACUAUCACAAGCCAUGUGUCCUGUUUAGGUUCAUGUUGCUGUCUUGUAGCUAGUUUGUAGCUUGUAGUUCAUGUAGCUAGUUUUAAUCCUUCCGUUUGAUCCGAUGUCUUCUCAAUAUUCCCUACCCUUGUAAGGGUGAUCAAAGGGGAGUGAAUGUUGGGAAAUGGUGGACUUUCUGGACCCUUGUUUAAUGAACUAGAAACCAGAAGCCCACUCCCUCUGAGAUCCCAGGGUUCUCCUUGGACAGCCAUUCCCAUGGGGAGCGGUAGUCCCAAAGUCACCCUUAAUAGAAUGAAACAGCAGAGAAGAGGCCAUUCAGUUCCUCAAGACCGUGCUAGCUCUUAGGCAGAGCUCCUCAGUUCACUCCGCAUUUCAUAUUUUCAUGCGACAUAUCAGGAGACCAUUUGUCCCAUCAAAUCCAUGCCGGCUUCCAGAGUCAUCCCAUUCCCCUACUUAUUUCCCUGUGACCUACUCUCUCCCACAUUUGGGACUUCAUAUGUUGGUGAGAACACACUUGAAAUAUCGUGUGCAGUUUUGGUCGCCCAGCUAUAGGAAAGAUGUCAUUAAGCUGGAAAGGGACAAAAAAGAUUUCCAGGAAUGUUACUGGGACUGGAGGGCUUGUGUUAUAAGGAGAGAUAAGAUAGGGUGGGGCUUUCUUCGCUGAAGCGUAGAAGGCUGAAGAGUGAUCUUAUGCAGCAUUGAUAAGGUGAAUGGUCACAGUCUUUUUCCUGGGGUAGGAGAGUCUAAAACUAGAGGGCAGAGGUUUAAGGUGAGAGGGGGAAAGAUUUAAAAAUGACCUGAGGGGCAACUUUUUCACACAGAGGCCGGUGGGUAUGUGGAACAGCUGGUGGAGUAAGUGGUACAGGAGCCGGGUACAAUUACAGUGUUUAAAGGACAGUCGGACAGGUACAGGGUUAGGAAACGUUUAGAGGGAUGUGGGCCAAGCACAGGGCAAUGGGACUCGCUCAGGUAGGCAGUUUGGUCAGCAUGGAAAGGUUGGGCUGAAGGGCUGUUAUGGUUCCAUGACUCUAAGACUCUGUGCCUUAAAUUGAGCAACACACAAUCUCCUGGGGGUCGAGCUGCAUCUAUGGGAGGAAAGGAGUUGUCGACAUUUUGGGUUGAGUUCCCGCUGAGUUCCUCCAGCUGACUGUGUGUUGCUCCAGGUUCCACCGUCUGCAGUCUCUUGUAUCUCCAUGCCUUAUAUUGACUUGACUCAAUUGCCCACCCUCAGAUUAUCUGCCCGUUGACUCAGCUUCUCCUUUCUUAUUGCAUCAAAAACCUUUGCCAUUUGAACACCACUACCCAACUCACCUUUACAGCCUCUGCUCUAAUAACCACGUCAUUCUGUCCAUCCAGAUGAAGUCCUCAUCCCUGGUACCACCCCUCCUCAAGGCCUUGACACUGUUUCAGUGAAUUGAAUCAACUGGCCUUGUUUCAGUUGUUAGUGCGCUGAAUCUGCAAUGACUAUCAGGAUCCAGGCAGUUCAUCUUCAGAAACUGCAUUGGAAGCAGUUCAGAGAAAGAGGGAACAUGAUUCAUGGACCUAGAAUCCUGAGUUACAAGAACAGGCUUCUCUUAGAUGAGUUUGUUGGGACUGGAAGUGAGUGGGUGAAAUAAUCCACGUCUUUAAAAUACUGUGUGUAGGUGUAAUCAGUAUUUAACUUGGGCUGUAUUCUGUUUAAGACACCUGAUCCGUGCCCCUGUUACUUCUGAACUCUAUUCCUGGCUUUCCUCCCUCAUUCUUUUCCCCAGCUCAUCCACACUCUGCUCUCUCUAUCCUAGCUCAUGAAGUUCACCCGCCGACCCUCUGCUUCCCAAUCCCUGUUGGAUUACGGUUCAUCAACUCUUUGACUUUAAAAUUCACAUCCAUGUUUUCAAAUCCUUCCAUGUACUCAUCACAUCACUGUCUACUUCUGGAAUCUUCUCCUCUCUCUCCUUCAGUUCUGGCCUCUUGAACUUCCCAAAUGUAAGGGCUCCAGUUGCUGACUGUGCCAUCAGCAGCCAAGGUCCUCAGCUUGGGAACUCCCAUCCUAAAAUGCCGGCAUCCUAAAAUGCAGGAUAAAGUGUCGGCACAACAUUGUGGGCUGAAGGGCCUGUACACUGCUGUAGUGUUCUGUGUUCUACGUUCUAAUCCUUUCUGCCUCUGAACCUUUUCCCUCCUUAUAACCUACCUCUUGGCCGAACCUUUGCCCUAAUAGAUGGUGUGGUGCCCAUUUUUUGUUUAAUGUCCUGUGAUGGGCAACAGUGUGCUUGCUGGAAGUUUGAAAUAAGAAGAGAAAAUGCAGGUCAGGCAGCAACUGUGGAGGGAGAAACUGUUAAUGUUUCAGGUUAAUGAUCUUUCAUCAGGUUCCCUCGUUCUCUGUAGAUGCUGUGUAACCGGCAUAGCAAUGCCAGUGUUUCCAGCAUUUAAUCUCUUAUAAAUGGCCAACAUUUUUCUAAAUGUUGACUUCCCAAACGAUGCCAUAUUGAUGACAGCGAGGAAAGUGCUGUCUCCUCCUGACCUACCCGGUUCCUACAAUUCCACCCCAGCCCACUUCAUCCACCCAUCACCCACACACUCCUCCCACUGGGUCCCCUCCCCCCACUGUUCCCACCUGCCCCCUCCCCACCUCAGUUAUUUGGUUCCAUGCUCCACCUUCCUCUCCUAUCAGAUCCCACCAUCUGCAGCCCUUUUCACCUCCACCUACCACCUCCCAGCCUCUGUCGCUAUUCCCACCCUCCCCUCCUCCACCUGCCGAUCACCCCUCCUCACCUUCCAGCUCUUGCCCCAACCCUUCCCCUCACCUCUUUAUACUGGCUACCGCCUCUCUAUCUUUCAGCCCUGAUGAAGGGUCUCGACCUGAAAGGUCGACCGUCCAUUUCCCUCCACAGAUGCUGCCUGACCUGCUGAGUUCCUCCCGCUUCUUUUGUUGAUCCAGACUCCAGCAUUUACAGUCUCUGGUUCCUCCACAAUGCCGUCCUUGUAAACUCUCAAGUCGUCAAGUCAAAUCGAAUUUAUUAUCACGUGCACAAGGUCGGUGAGGUCCAGGUACAGUGGAAAACUUGCUUGCAGCAGCAUCACAGGCAUAUAGGUUCAGAAAAUACAUGGAACAUAAAUGAUGCGUAAAUUAUACAAGACAGUGAAGAGAAAACAAGACUGCAAUGCAAGACAUUAGUGCAAAAUAACACAAACAGAGACACAUCCGUGGUAGUGCAAGAGGUGGUCUGUAGUGUUCCGUUGCUGAGGUAGGGUUAGGGUUGUGCAGGUCGGUUCAAGAACCUGAUGGUUGUAGGAAAGUAGCUGUUCCUGAACCUGGUGGUGUGGGACUUCAGGCUUCUGUACCUCCUGCCCAACGGUAGCAGUUAUAAGAGGGCAUGACCCAGAUGGUGGGGAUCCUUGAUGAUAGAUGGUGAUCCUUGAGGCAGCACCUCUUGUAGAUGCUGUCAAUGGUGGGGAAGGCUGUGCCCGUGAUGGACCGGGCUGUGUCCACUACUCUCUGCAGCCCCUUGCAUUCCAGUGUGUUGGAAUUGCCGUACCAGGCCAUGAUGCAAUCAGUCAGGACACUUUCAUCAGAGCAUCUGUGGAAGUUUGUUAGAGUAUUUGGUGACAUGCCUAAUCUCCCUAAGCUUCUAAGAAAGUAAACAUGCUGGCAUGCCUUCCUUGUGAUUGCAUCUAUGUGCUGGGCCCAGGAUAGAUCAUCUGAGAUGUUAAUGCCCAGGAAUUUGAAGCUGCUGACUCUCUCCACCUCUGACACACAAAAUGGGAACUGGCACGUGGUCUCCUGACUUUCCCUUCCUGAAGUCAAUGAUUAGCUCCUUGGGUUUGUUGAUGUUCAGUGUGAGGUUGUUAUUGAGACACCACUCGACCAGAUGUUCCAUCUCACUCCUGUACGCUGACUCAUCACCACCCGUGAUUUGGCCUUUUCCUCUCUUUCCUCUGCCAAGUCGCCUUUCGCAUCCAUCUGCCCUGCUCCCUCCCCCUCAUAAAUUGAUGGGAUUUCAGUGUGACCAAUCUUUCUUCCCUUGUAAGAAAUGACACAUCCAGAGAGGGAGGGGACAACCUACGAAGAGGCAUCCCAUAAAUUAACCCACUUCAAAAAGUCCUGCCUAACUGAAUCAGAGAGAAAAAUCUCUGGAGUCGAGCUAAACUCUAAUAAAUCUAAUCCUUAAUAAAUUGUGCUUUGGUGUAAUCAGUGACUGUAUCUGUUCUUUGUUGACAAAAAUAUUCAAAGUUCAUU